GAGUCUUUUUCGGUGGCCCUUUCUCGAAAGGUUGCAAUGAAAACCAUCGUCAGCGAGCAAACCGUAAAAAUCCCGGACUCGGUGACCUGUAAGGUCCGCUGCCGGGUGGUCACCAUCACCGGACCUCGGGGAACUCUCACGAAAAAGUUCAACCAUGUUCAGGUGCAGAUGGAGAUGCCUGACUCGAGAACCCUGGUCGUGCGCAAAUGGUUCGGUAUCAAGAAAGAGCUCGCCACCGUCCGUACCGUGUGCUCUCACGUCGAGAACAUGAUCGUUGGAGUCACCCGAGGCUUCCAGUACAAGAUGAGGACAGUCUACGCUCAUUUCCCCAUCAACGUCGUCAUCUCCGACAAGAACACCCUCGUCGAAAUCAGGAACUUCUUGGGCGAGAAGUUCAUCCGUCGCGUCAGGAUGCAGGUCGGCGUCACCUGCAUCAACUCGCCGGCUCAGAAAGACGAGCUCAUCCUCGAAGGGAAUGACAUCGAGUCGGUGUCUCGUUCGGCUGCUCGCAUUCGGCAAUCCACCUUGGUGAAGAACAAGGAUAUCCGUAAAUUCCUUGACGGUAUCUACGUCUCUGAAAAAGGCCACGUUGUUGCUGAAGCUUGAGCUGGUUGAGACAAUAAACUGUAAAGGAAAA